AUGGAAGAAGGUGACCUGGGGAACACAUGGGAAGAGGGCAAGCCGGCGGAGGCAGUGUUGAUGCCUUGGGCGAUGUCUGCUGGAAAACCUUGGUUCCGUGGAUUUUUUAAGGGCAUGUCAUUUCCUGUCCUCUCUGUUGCCAUUAGCAACUCUGUGGUCUUUGGUUCGUACAGUAAUGCGCUGGAUUACCUUACUCAGUCACAUCGCAACAACUCUGACCAAGGCAAACAGUCACCACUCACUGCUGUGUUCAUGGCCGGAUGUUUUUCAGGUUUAGCACAGUUGUUUGUUACAGCUCCAAUAGACCUGGUCAAAGUGCGUCUGCAGAACCAGACAAAUUCAGGUGGAAAUAAGUACAGAGGCCCCUUACAUUGUAUUGCUGUGAUCUUAAGAGAGGACGGGGUGAAAGGGCUUUUCAGAGGAAUGUGGGCUCUUGCCCUGCGGGACGUGCCUUGUUUUGGACUUUACUUCCUGCCCUAUGAGCUGACCUGCAGGUGGCUGACUGAGAAAGGAAAGCAACCAGGUAACUGUGCUGUGCUGGUGGCUGGUGGUGUUGCUGGUGUGGUCACAUGGGCCUGCGCCACCCCCAUGGAUGUAGUGAAGGCUCGACUGCAGAUGUGUGGCGGCGGCGGUCGCAUGUACAGCGGUGUGUUGAACUGCAUUACUGUGAGUGUGCGUGAGGAGGGCAUGCGGGUCUUCUUCAAAGGCCUUCUUCUGAACACCGUGAGAGCGUUCCCUGUAAACGCCGUGACCUUCCUCAGCUUUGAGAUGCUGCUGAGAGCCAUGACCGAUUCCUCUCAGAACUGA